AUGGCGGGAGACGUCCCAACGAGUCGCAGAGCGAUCCUGCUCGCAAUCUUCAUUGCUUUCGUUUCUCAAGCUCUCACCAAUGGAAUACUGCUUUGUUUCUUGUUCGGUUACGACAUGGGUGUCAUAUCUGGAUGUUUGAUUAUGCCCGACUUUAUAAGACGAUUUGGUCAAAUCGGUGCAGACGGGUUGCCAUAUCUAUCCAGUUCAAGACAAUCUAUCAUUGUUUCUCUAUUAUCUGCGGGCACAUUCUUCGGUGCUCUUGCCCAAGCAUUCACAGCUGACAGUCUUGGUCGUCGGGGAUCUAUCCUUUUAUGGUCUGCCAUAUUCACUGCGGGUGUUGCAAUACAGACAGGAACGACUUAUUCCCUUGUGCAACUCGUAAUUGGUCGAUUCAUUGCUGGCCUUGGUGUGGGUUCACUUUCAGCAAUUGUACCGCUAUAUAAUGGUGAAACUGCACCAAAAGCUAUUCGCGGAACAAUUCUGGUUAUGUAUCAGGUGCAAAUCGUUACAGGAAUAUUCCUGAGUUAUUUGAUUGAACUCGGAAGUCACGAAAUUAAUAAUUCUGCCUCAUGGCGCAUUCCUGUUGGCCUUCAGUUAGUAUGGGGUCUUAUCCUACUUUCUGGUAUGUUCUUUUUACCCGAAUCUCCACGUCACCUCCUUGGGACAGGGAGAGAAGAGGAGGCGCGCCGUGUGAUCGCCGAACUAAACAACGUAUCGGAGGAUGAUCCACUCGUCAUCGAAGUCGUUGAAGAGCUUGACUUUGCUAUCAGAGCUGAAAACGAAGGUGGACAAGCAACGUGGGCUGAGUGCUUCUCCACGAGAAAUGCGCUUUGGAAGAGAACGAUCAAUGGUAUGAUGUUGCAAUUCAUCCAACAGCUGAAUGGGCAAAAUUUCUACUAUUACUAUGGAGAUACCUUUUUCCAGGCUGCUGGAACUCAACUUACGCCCUAUGCUAUUCAAACUAUCCUCGGUGCUGUUUCAGUAGCAGGGACGUUACCUGCUUUGUAUCUUAUUGAAACGUGGGGCCGUCGUCGUUCCCUUCUUACAGGUGCACUGCUGCAAUCCAUCUGUGCCAUUAUCGUCGCCUUGGUUGGACAUUUCACAUUGGCGGCGACUGGUACACCCGUUAGCGAGCUCACCGCUCGCAACAAAAGUGGAGGCAACGUGAUCAUCGCGUUCGCGGUUCUGCAUGUCUUUCUCUAUGGCACAUCAUGGGGUCCCACUCCAUGGGUGUACCUCGGGGAGUCGUUCCCCCUUCGUAUUCGCCCCAAAGCCAUUGCAUUGGGUAGUGCUACGAAUUGGCUAUGGAACUUCAUGCUUUCGUUCUUCUCGCCAAGAAUUGUAGCUAGUAUUGGCCCGCUCAUUCUCUUGGUCUUCUUUGGUAUGCUCAUCUUCGGAUUCUGCUACGUCUAUCUUGCAAUCCCUGAAACCAAGGGUAUCACACUGGAAGAGGUCGACGAACUGUACAGUUCUGGUGUUCCAGCGUGGCGUUCUGCAAGUUGGAUACCAAGUGAUAAAACGCACGUGCAACAUCGCCGUGCUGACGAGGUCAAAGAGGUCCACGAGAAGCAAUCAGACAGUGCAGAAAAGGCCCGUGACUAG